UUGUUACUGCUUCCGGGGCGGGCCAGUAGCAACCUGAGAUUACGGUGUUUAACUCCAGUCGUCCUGUCUGUCGAUGCUUUCUCCUGCAAUGAGCUUCCUCAAAAGUUUCUCUCCGCCCGGGCCGGCCGAAGGGCUCCGUCAGCAUCAGCCGGACACCGAGGCUGUGCUGAACGGGAAGGGGCUCGGUACUGGCACCCUCUACAUUGCUGAGAGGACAGUCUCCCCGCCCCCCAUUGUUGUUAGUGUUACAGAGUUUUUUGACAUCAGACUUAGCAGAUUCACAGGCAUGACACCAGAAAACGAGCUUAUUAGGGACCAAAAUUAUGCCUACUACAGAGUCCAAGAAGAGUCAAAAGAACCUUUGUCUGAAGAUGAGGAGGACAGUGAUGAUGAAGUCGAACCUAUUACUGAAUUUAGAUUUGUGCCUAGUGAUAAGUCAGCAUUGGAGGCGAUGUUUGCUGCAAUGUGUGAAUGCCAGGCCUUGCAUCCCGAUCCCGAGGACGAAGACUCGGAUGAUUAUGAUGGAGAGGAGUAUGAUGUGGAGGCACAUGAACAAGGGCAGGGAGAUAUCCCUACAUUUUAUACCUACGAAGAAGGACUGUCCCAUCUAACAGCAGAAGGGCAAGCCACGCUGGAGAGAUUAGAAGGGAUGCUCUCUCAGUCUGUGAGCAGCCAGUAUAGCAUGGCAGGAGUUCGGACGGAAGAUUCAGUAAGAGAUUAUGAAGAUGGUAUGGAGGUAGAUACCACACCAGCAGUUGCUGGGCAGUUUGAGGAUGCAGAUGUCGAUCACUGAAAACCGUUUAUGCUGCUAUAAAUAGAUUCUGCUCAUAACUGUAGGAGGGAACUUGGUGCCUCUUCCACUCUAGAGUGGGGUUGGUGAAAGGUUUUUUCCUUCUCCAAAACUCACUAAACCCAGUUCUUUCUCAAGACAAAUAUGAAACAAGUUGUCAACAGCAGAAGAAACUACAACCUUUAUAACAAAGGUUAAUUAACUGAGGGGGGAUUUGUAGUUUAUCAUUUACCCCCAAACUUCCUGUGUCUAAGCCUAUAAUUCCUGCCUUUGCUGUGUGUACAUCUGGCUGAUGGCAGGCCUGUGUGGCAAAAUGUACAGGAGCUUGAAGUGUGGAUAGACUGGUGGGAAAGAGGGAGGCUGAAGCUUAGAUGCCUCUCUGGGGCUUAAAGGAACUCAUAACCCUAUGAAGUAGAGGUCUCCAAGGGAUUGGCCUCUGUCAUUUCCACAGAGGCAUUGGUCCUUUGUUGGGCCUCAUAUCAGUUCAGGCUGACUAGCCUCUGGGGGAAAUCUGAACUACAUAUCCAUGACACGAGUGCUCUGUGCUAGCUUCUGCUGCUUGUCGUUGAGCAGUCUGCUCUUUGGUCUCCUAGGUUAGGUCCUUGAACAUCCAUCCUCUUCAGUUAGCUUUCUGUAACAAGUCAUCUGUAAUGAAGUCUUCAAAGUACUCAAUGAUAAUGUUUUGUCUUUGUAAUAAUAGUUUAAAUAAAUCUAGGUUUUCUAUA